GAUGGCACUGUGGUAGCCAGAACUUAUAUUCCAUAGGAACCUUUGUUCUGUGGCCUUGUGUCGCUCGGUGGUGUGUGUUGUCCUGAGCUGUCAUUUAUAUACUACAAGGGGGACACGGGUAUGGGAUGUCUGCGUGCGCUGAGGUCUCUCGCUCCGACUGCUGUCCGAGGAUUAAUCCGACACAAUCAAAUCAACGUCCGCAACACAUCGGGGAUGUCUGCAGGUUACAACCAGGCCAAUGUGGUGAUCCUGCAGAAAGCCCUAGCAGAUGACUUUGAGAGGUUCUGCCAUGCUAACUCCGGCCCCCUGCCCCUAUUGUACCGCAGUGCCCCUGGGCAGUGGACGUGCCCUCCGCUGAGCAGUGACUCGGACAUUCGGACAGAUUGCCUCCAGUAUCGGAGAUAUGAGCAUGGCACCUACACUGGCACUGCCACCAGCCUGGACACUUACUCGCAGCAGCUGCAGGACAUGGUGACCUUUUACCUGGGCUGCAGCUUUACCUUUGAGAGCGCGAUGCAGAAGUUGGGGGUCCCGGUGCGGAACGUGGAGCAGGAACGGAACGUCAGCAUGUACAAGACUGCAGUUCCCUGCCAGGCGGUGGGUCCAUUUUCCUGCAAUCUGGUGGUCACCAUGAGACCGAUUCCUCAGGACCAGCUGCGUGCUGCAGUAAUAGCCACACACCCUAUGGCGGAAUACCACGGGGCACCCGUCCAUAUUGGCUCCUCAGAUUUCCUGGGCAUCAGAGACCUGCAGAACACAGAUUACGGAGACGCGGUGCAGCUGCAGCCGGGAGAUGUUCCGGUAUUCUGGGCCUGUGGGGUGACCGGGGUGGAAGCGGUUCUUAGCUGCAAACCCGUCUUGGCGUUCACUCAUUCUCCAGGCUGCAUGUUCAUUACCGACGUCAAAAACGAGGACGCAGCAGAACCGCGUUCCACAGAGGUGCCGGAGGUUGUGCAAAUCUCCUCCGAUCCGCUGCAUUACAGCCUGGUCUCCCAGCGCACGGCGGACAGGAUCCGAGCACUGGAGGCAAUCAUUGGGGUGGACCCAGGUGAGCGCGGCAUCACACACCUGCUCACUAAGGACGAGCUGCUGAAGUCCUGUCUGUCUCUGUCUCACGCCAAGUCUGUGCUGAUAACCACCGGAUUCCCCACCCACUUCCAGCACCAGCCCCCAGAGGAGACCGAUGGCCCGCCUGGAGCGCUCGCUAUCGCGGCCAUGCUGCAAGCCCUGGGGAAGGAGGUCGCCAUAGUAACGGAUGAACGCGCCAUUGACAUGAACAGAAGUAUUGUGGAGAAGGCCGUAGAGCAAGGAGCGCUGGCGGCGUCUGUGCCUCUGCUUUCUUACAAAGAGGACGCUGCGGAUUCCGCCCUGAGAUUCCUGUGUGAGAAUGGAGACCCCGCCUCGCCCAGGUUUGACCACUUGGUAGCCAUAGAACGGGCUGGACGGGCAAGCGAUGGCAAUUAUUACAAUGCCAGAAAAAUAAACAUUAAACAUUUGGUGGAUCCCAUUGAUAACUUGUUUGUGGCUGCACAGAAUAUUCCAGGUGUCACCACGACCGGAAUUGGAGAUGGAGGAAACGAGCUUGGAACAGGCAAAGUAAAGGAGGCCGUAAAAAAGUACAUCCCAAACGGAGACGUCAUUGCGUGUGAUGUGGCGGCAGACUUCACCGUAAUUGCUGGUGUGUCUAACUGGGGAGGUUAUGCUGUUUCCUGUGCCUUAUACCUCCUAAACACCUGUGAGAUCCACGAGCGUUACCUGAGGAGAGCCGUUGGAUUCCCCAAAUUGUCAGCACCUGAGCCAUGGGCGUCGUCGCUGCCUUCUGUCAGUAAGGAGGAGAAGCUGCUGCAGAUACUGGUCAGCCAUGGAGUCCGCAGCGGGAAGACCGGAAAUCUGGCCAUGGAGGUUGAUGGUCUGCCAUUCUUCAACACCCAUUCUGAGAUGAUUCAGCGUCUCCUGGACGUCACAGCGUAGCCACACGUCACACUAUUUUAUUCAGGGAUCACAGGGACAUAUUCCGCAGGACGUACAGAUGUAAUGGCACAGCGACAUAGUGUAUAACGCAGUAAGCGCAGACUGACGGGAGACGUACACUAGGUGCUGUACAUGUGAUUUAGCUUUGUGUUGCGGUGUAAUACUUAGCGUUGUGGAAUUCUUGGUCAGACAGAUCUCCGUCCAUUGGAGUUUUCUAUUUCCAAACACGUCGUCCUUUCUAAGGCGCUCUCAGUACAGGUCACACCGCUCUUUGUCAUCGCCCUUCUUCUCCCGCCUGUCUGUUUGUUCUCAGAUGUGAGGCGGGCAGGUGAAGAACACGCCAGGUCUUCAGGAAUGCCCCAGCAGCACAGAUUAUGUCACAGGGGAACGUCUUAUUUUGUCAGUUUCCGCUCAUCUGCCCAUUUUGCAGAUCAGGGCUGUGCGUUAUUUGGGUAAAACCAGCAUUUCUGGGAUUUGGUGCAAUCGGACAACAAGCCGAGAAUGGGUCUGUGUGCCUCAUUAACAUGGAUCUUAUUGUGUUUUAAGUUGAGCUUCAUCAGCGAGUGACUUCUCAGCCCUGUAUGCUAUUAUUACUUUGUAAGAUGUAGGAGAGAGCUGGUCUACUAUCGAGAUCCAGAUUACAGUGUUAUCUAGAUGGUGUAGGUGCCCUAGUGCUCUUGCAGGUAUGUUCCCCGGGGUCUCUAGCUCCUCUUGGACAUGUAACAAUGCUAUUUGUGCCCCUUGCAUAUUUGGUUGGGUUGCCCAGCUCUUUGUCCCUUUUGGCAUUUGGCUCUGGAGAUCAUGGGUAGAGACACCCGGUUGAUCCCUCCUUCUGGCUCUUGAAUAGGCUCAGGCCCCAUUCCCUGCUAUCACGGUCACUCCUUACACCUCUCACCACAGCUGCUAAGUGGUUGUUCCGGGUCAUUGGAGAAUCCACCCACCAUUAGGGAACGGUUCUCUAGACUUGAUCAUUAGGUGGCCACGGAUGACAUUCUGGGGUCUGGGGCCCGUGGUCGCUGUUUAGUCCAGAAGGUAUACUGAUGCGUCCCAUAGGACCUUUGCUCCAAGACUGCCUCUGUUUAUUCUUUUUGUUGUGUGGGGGAGAGGGGUACCAGGCCCCUGCGCUACUUACCAUCCUGCUAUGAUGCUGCUGGGGCCCCUAGUGUCAGGUGAGGUUUCUUCACGUCCCCUCCUUCCCAUCUCCUCAUUCCUCUGUCUCUUACGCCCCCACCCCCCCCCCCACCCCAAUACGUUUCUCUCAGCGAUUGUCUAUUGCGGCUCUGGCUGGACAGGCUCCGGACCCUUCCUUUUAUAUGGAAACCGUGCCGCAGCCUGUUGUUGCCUUUCCUUUUUCUAUUAAUAUCCGACACAUGUGUUAGUGCAAUGCCAAAUGUUUUGGUUCCUUGAUGUCUGGUAUAUCCCCUGUGUCUUCUGCAAUAAAAGCUUAUUCCACAAUAUAA